AGUUGUUCAUUACAAAAUGGCCCAACAAAUUCGCUCUCUCUCUUCCCCUCUGUUUCUCUUCCUUUCUUUCCUCCUUUCCUUCUCUCCCCUUUCUCUCUCCCUCUCUCCUCCGUUUCCACCGUCGACGCAAACGAAGAAACAACGAUAUAUAUCUCUCUCUCCCCCUCCAUAUCUAAACCAAAAACGAAAGGGGAGAGAGAGAGAGAGAGAGAGAGAGAGAGAGAGAGAGAGGAGGAGGAGGAGGAGGAGGAGGAGGAGGCUUCGUGCAGUGCUUUCGCUUAGGGCAAUGAACGGAGCCAAACCCCCCGUCGUCGUCGUCGUCGUCGUCGUCGUCCUCCACCCCUGCGCCCUCAUCCACCUCUAACAACAAACCUAGAAUCUCUCCACUCGGACCCGGUCGAAUUCAAUGGCGGCGCCCCGCAUCCUCUACCGCCGAGGCGGUGGCGCGGCGUUGGGCCUCUGUUCUCGGUCGCCGCCGCCGCUCGGCGCCGCCCCUGAUUCGGCUCGCUGCGUCUCGCAGCUCGUGCAGAGCAACGGGAAGAGGGCGUUCCUGGUCGACACAUUGGCGUUGGUGAGGAGAUUGGAGGCGCAGGGGCUGCCGUCGAAGCAGGCAGAAGUCAUCACGUCGGUGAUUACGGAGGUCCUCAAUGACAGCCUAGAGAACGUCGCACAAUCAUUCGUGUCGAAGGGGGAUAUGCAAAAGAGGGAAGUGAUGCAAGAUUCUAAUCUCUCUAAGUUCAAAUCUGAAGUACAAAGCUCGCAGGAACAACAUUUUGCUUUGUUGCAGCGGGAGACAGAGAAACUUCGGGGUGAUAUAGAGAAAAUGCGAAGUGAACUCAGAUACGAAAUUGACAAGGUCACUGCUGGGCAACGGCUGGAUUUAAACCUUGAAAGAGGGCGCAUACGUGAUGAACUAGCCAAGCAAGGUGCUGAAACUACAGAGCUCACUACGAAGCUUGACCGGGAAAUCCAUGCUUUGAGGGCUCAGCUCGAGGCAGCGAAACUUGAUGUCAUAAAGUAUUGCGUAGGGACCCUUGUUUCAGUAGCAGCGGUUGGCAUUGCUGUUCUCCGCAAUUGGAUGUAAAAACAUUCUUUCUUUUGGCAAUUCCCAUGAAAAAGGAGCAGCAACGGAAGUUCUUUUCCUUUCUGGAUACAUUGGCCACAAAUUGUUGUAAUCGUCUGUAGAAACUAUCAACAUCAUUACACAGCAAUGUCAGGAAGUAAAAUUUGUGAGUUGGCUCAAUUAUCUAGGCCUAUUUAGGUCCAUGUUUUACUGUAGAACUUGAAUUAUGUUCCUCUCUCCGAUCUGUAAUGUGGUCGGCAUCCUUUUUGCUUGUUC